CCUAGCUGGUCUAGCUGGCCUCCCAGCUGCCUGUCAUUUCCUCCCCUCCCACCCUUAUUUGGAGCCCCUGACAGCUGAGCUGCAAGCAGGGGGAGCUGGGUGCAGGCCAGCCGUCACCCUCUGCUUCCCUGCAUGGGUCCCGUUGCCAGGGAGAAAGAAUCCUGAGGCGCGCGCCCGGGGAGAUAACCAAGGACUCUUUUCUGCUCUUCUCACACCUUUGAAGUGUGGGCCUCUUGAGGCAAAUCAGCAAGAAUGUGACUCUUGCAGACGAGGGUCUCGGGGAGGGGGGCUACUGGAGCUGCUCAAGGAGAAGGGGCCGUGACAAGCUCUGCUGGGCUGAUAACUUUAAAAGGACAUCUUCUGCUGGCUCCUCACUCCAUCGCUUUAUCGCUGCAAGUGACAGAAUGGGGAGGGUUCCAGCCCUCCUGCGUUCUCAGAGAGCUGGGGGGCUAUAAAAACGGGAGGCACUGGGCAGCUGGGAGACAGUGACGGGCAAAGGCUGAGAGAGAGAAGCCGGAGAGGAGUGAGCAGAGACAGCAAGCUUCAGAUCGUGCCCCAACCCUCGCCAGCAUGGGCUCCUUCUCCAUCGCCAUGGGCUUCUUCCUGCUCCUGGCCUUUUGGCUUCCAGGCCAUAUUGGAGCGAACCCUGUGUACAGUGCAGUGUCCAACACAGAUCUGAUGGAUUUCAAGAACCUGCUAGACCAUCUGGAGGAGAAGAUGCCAUUAGAAGAUGAGGUCGUGCCCCCUCAGGCCCUGAGUGAGCAGAACGAUGAGGCACCGGGGGCAGCGCUCAACUCCCUCCCUGAGGUGCCUCCCUGGACUGGGGAGGUCAACCCACCGCAGAGAGAAGGCAGUACCCUUGGGCGCAGCUCCUGGGAGCCCUCCGAUAGAUCUGCUCUCUUGAAAAGCAAACUGAGGGCUCUGCUGGCUGCCCCUCGGAGCCUACGGAGGUCCAGCUGCUUCGGGGGUAGGAUCGACAGGAUUGGGGCCCAGAGCGGACUAGGGUGCAACAGCUUCCGGUACCGAAGAUAACAGCCAGGGAGGAAAAGCAGCCAGAUUUGCUGGGGCAGAUUGCAGAAGACCCUAAGCCCCUAUGGUGUGUCAUGCAGCUUGGUCUCAUCGUCACUGAGGUGUGGCGAACACCCUGCUGGAGCUGCUGCUUCCUGUCUUCAUCUAUCACGACUGAUGCUAAAUGUAGAUGGGUGGUUUCAAUGGGGCUCUCCCUCUCCCACCCUGCAUAUUAAGGUAGAUCCUCACCCCUUUCGGAAAGCAGUUGGAAAUAAUUUUUUUUGAAUAAACUUCAGCACCAAGGACAGAA